UGUCCAAGGUCCACUUUACUGCAGAGAGAAGCUCCUACUACAAGUCUCUAUUGUCUGUGGAGGAAACCGCCAGACAGAGAAAAGAGAAGCUCUGGGCCAAUUAUGAAGAGAAACCAAAAGAAGAGGUGGCUCAGCUCACAGAGCAGAAGGAACGUGUGGCGAAAUACAAAGCUGUCUAUGUCACCGAGAUCACAGAUGGACUGCACUUCUACGCGCAGGAUGUGGAAACCGGUACUAAGCUGGAGAGCCUGAUGGAGAGCAUGCGAGGAGAGAUUGCCGCCCAACCUCCGGUGGAAGGAUCCUAUGCCCCGCGCAGAGGGGAUUUCUGCAUCGCAAAGUUUGCUGAUGGAGAAUGGUACAGAGCUCGCGUCGAGAAAGUUGAAUCUCCAGCAAAGGUUCACGUGUUCUACAUCGACUAUGGAAACAGAGAGAUACUAUCCUCCACGCGUCUUGCAGCCCUUCCUCCAGCCUUCAGCACGCGUACGCUUCCUCCACAGGCUACAGAAUACACAUUUGCCUUCAUUCAGGUCCCACAGGAUGAAGACGCACGAGCUGACGCCGUGGACGGUGUGGUCAGGGACAUUCAAAACAAACAGUGUCUGCUGAACGUGGAAUACAGUGGAGCUGUCUGCCCGCACGUCACGCUGCAGUUUGCCGACUCGAAAGAUGAUGUGGGUCUGGGUCUGGUGAAAGAAGGCCUUGUCAUGGUGGACGUACGGAAAGAGAAGCACCUGCAGAAAAUGGUGACUGAAUAUCUGAAUGGCCAGGAAUCUGCCAAGAGUGCCAGGCUUAACAUUUGGCGUUAUGGAGAUUUCCGUGAUGAUGAUGCAGUUGAGUUCGGGUAUCGCCGCUAAGUCAUUGUUCCAAAGACCUUGAGGAAGACCAGAUGCAUUCGCAGAGAACACAAAAAAAAAAUAAAAAUCAUGACAACAAAACAAAACAAAACAAAA